CACGCUGAACGCGGAUGUGAAUUACACCGAAUCAAAUGAACCAGAAGAUCCGGGUCCGCACGGAGAAAUAUCCGCGUUUGCUCGCAGAAUAAACCGAACACGCGUGUGUGAAGAAUGCGAGAAGCAGAUAUUGUGUCCGGGGACGUCAAAUCCACCGAGCGAGAUGCUGAGGAGGUUCUGGAGAGCGGCCUGCUCCUGGAAGAGUCCGGAAUACUGUACGCUGGACUGGAGCGACACACGGAGGACUGGAGCGUCGAGCCGCGCUGUAGUUUGAAUGACAGUGAAUCUGAGGAGGUUCUGAACGCCAUGAACCCGAACGAGAUGUACACGUCAGCGGUGUGUGAGAGCGACAGCGGUCUGUCUGAAGAUCAGUCCUCAGACGGAGCCCACGAGCAGAACCUCGGUAACGCCGUCUAUCAGGUGGUGUAUGACAUCAGCGGUGUGGGCGGAGCCUCGGAGCAGGAGCCACCACAGACGGACGUGAUCUCCAUCGAGCUGGGUGAGCAGCAUCAUGGGAAAUGUAGUACUGAGGAGAGAAUCCUGAAGAAAGUGAGACGGAAGAUCCGGAAUAAACUCUCGGCGCAGGACAGUCGCAGGAGGAAGAAGGAGUAUAUCGACGGUCUGGAGAGCAGGGUGGUGGCGUGUUCAUCUCAGAAUAAAGAGCUGCAGAGAACCGUCGAUCAGCUGGAGAAACACAAUGUGACUCUUGUGGCUCAGCUGCACAAACUGCAGGCUUUGGUCAAGCAAUCGGCCACCAAAGCGGCACAGACGAGCACGUGCAUCAUGAUCCUCCUCUUCUCUCUGGCUCUGCUCAUCUUCCCCAGUUACAGUCCGUUCAGCCGUCGUUCUCCGUCAGCGGAGGACACUUACGCUCCAGCCGCCGUGAUUUCCAGAAGCAUCCUGAAUGAGGUGGACUCCCUUCCGCUCCUGGAGGAUCCUGUAGAAGAUGAUCCGAUGUCUUCAGAGCCUCUGCCGCCCGCAUCAGAACACAAACCUGCAGACGCAGACGGGCCGCAGGAUUGGACCGGAGACCAGAGGAACGGCUCGGCCGCGGCGGAAGGAAACGCAGAUGCAGACAAACCGCCGCACGCUGAUGAAAUAUACAGGUGUGUCUGAGCCUGCAGCGCUCUUCAUCAUCAUCAUCAGAGGAUAGUCAUUAUGUGCUGUAGUGAGUCACAACCCAACAAUAAUCAUAUCAAUGUUUGAUUUAAGGACUCUUGUUUGUGCGUGGUUUUUUGUUAAGUAAAUUUUUACUCAUCUGACACGGAUCGGAUAUCAUUGCACACAUGUAAA